CCGAUGUUGUCUAAUUUGCCCAUCUUUACUGGAUCGAUUUAUUUAAUGGAAAUUAAAACGAUUACUAUCUCAACCUCAAUGCUGACAGAAAAUGGAUCAAAAGAUUUGUCGACUGUGUUGCAGAAAUGAAGGAACUUCGUAUAUAUUUACUGAUGAUACUGGCGUCUCCAUUUGCGCUAAAAUAUUAUAUUGUUGCGCGAAUAUAAAAGUUUCUGAAGACGACGGGCUGCCGCCGCGUAUCUGUAGCUCCUGCGAAGAGGAGCUGACGGCCUCUUACAAAUUCGUGCUAAAAUGCGAAGCCUCAGACCAAAUAUUACGCUGCAAAGCCUCCGAAAUCGAUCAAAACGACGAUUGCAAGCUAAAAGUCGAAGUGAAACAAGAAGAUGAGGAGCUAGCGGCCUACGAAGAUGAGACGGACUAUCCGUAUCUCGAUUAUGACGAAGUUAAGAAGGAGAAGAAGUCGAAACCGGCGUACAAGAAGAGAACACGGCUCAAAGGAAAAAGCUCUUGUACAUGUAAGGUAUGUGGUCGGGUGUGCGCGAGUCAGUCGGCGUUGCUCAUACACACUAGAGUACACUCCGGAGAAAGGCCCUACCAAUGCCCCUCCUGUGAUAAAAAGUAUUCUGACAGAGGUGGCUUAAAAAGGCAUAUAGAACGAAACCAUUUUGGAAAAAUGAGGGAGCGCAAAUUCAUGUGUGAAAAUUGUGGUAAAGCGUUUUAUACGAAAACUGACGUGGCUGUACAUAUGAGGACUCAUACUGGUGAAACACCAUAUGCUUGUACCAUUUGCCCUUCAAAGUUCACACAAAGCAGUGCCAUGUUACGUCACAUGAAAACACAUUCUUCAGAAAAGUCUCAUGGCUGUGAAUCAUGCGGCAAAAUGUUUGGUACGAAGGAGAAACUGAAACGCCAUUUUAUGUCCCAUUCUAAUGAGAAACUGUAUAGCUGUUCACUUUGUAAUUCCCCGUUUAAGUAUAAGAACAAUCUGAAGAAACAUUUGCGUUUACAUUCGGAGCCGAACCGCUUUGUCUGCAAUUACUGUGGCCGGACUUUUAAUGUAAAAGGCAAUCUAAAGCUACAUAUAAAGACCCAGCAUUCUGAAAAGUCUGGUUUCUGCACUAUCUGUUGUAAAAAUGUGCCAAACAUAGACACACAUACUUGGAGACACACGGGGGAGCGUCCUCUGAAAUGCGAGCUUUGUACCAGUAGCUUUUAUGAACUGAAGGCUUUAACUCACCACAUGAGCUUCAGACAUAAGAACACAGACAAAUACAAGUGUCCCAUAGAAGGGUGUGGGAUGACAUUCCCGUCCCGACCUAUGCUUGCAUUCCACAAUGCUAAACUCCAUGACACUCGGAUCCCAUUCCCCUGUGACCGGUGUUCCAGAGGUUUCUACAGAAAGAAUGAUCUUGCCAGACAUAAGAUAGGAACCCAUAAAGAAAGACUGACAUAAAAUGCCAUUGUAAUUUAUUUCUAUUUAUUCAAUUUCAUUUUAAGCUAAUUUUAUACCUUGUAGUAUAAUUAUAAUUAGGAAUGCUAGUCUGUUCUGAAUUCCAAUAAUUUUAGAUUUUAAA